AUGGUCAACCCCGCCCAGGUAUUCCGGAACAUGGGUAUCCGCCGACAAGUCCUGCAACAGCGGGAAAUCCGACAACAGCAAGAAGAGGAGGAACAACCGGACCGCUUAUUGUGGAUCGUCAUGGUCGGAAUUGUUGUCUUUUACAUUGUUUUCGUCAUCAUCUGUACCCUUCGCGUUGACAAGGACAUGCCGAUAAAGCCGAGCAAUAUUGGAUAUAAGGGAUAA